AUGCCUAAGAUCACGGAAAUCUUCUUUGACUGCGACAACACUCUGGUGUUGUCGGAGGAGCUGGCCUUCGAGGCCUGUGCCGACCUGGCCAACGAGAUUCUGGAGACUCGCAACAUUCCUGAUCGCUACACUGGCGAGCAGCUGAUCAAGGACUUUGUCGGCCAAAACUUCCGAGGCAUGAUGAUCUCCCUCCAAGCCAAGUACAAGUUUGAGAUGGAAAAGGAUGAGCUGGAGAUGUACGUUAAGAAGGAGGAGGACAAGGUCAUUGCCAAGCUGGAGGCCAAGGCUGUCCCUUGUGUCGGUGCCAACGAGCAACUGGACAAGCUCUUCGCUGAGAAGAAGUACCACAUGGCCGUGGUCUCGUCUUCGGCUCUUCGCCGCGUCGUUGCCUCUAUCAAGAAGGUUGACCAGGACAAGUACUUUGAUGAGGACAUGGUCUUCAGCGCUGCUACUUCCCUGGAGAAGCCCACUUCCAAGCCCGACCCUGCCAUCUACCUGCAUGCGCUCAAGAAGUGCGGAAAGACUGCUGCAGAGACGGUGACUGUCGAGGACAGCAAGUCUGGUGCUCUCUCGGCCGUUCGUGCUGGUAUUCCAGUUAUUGGCUACGUCGGUAGCUAUGCUCCAGACAUGCACGCAGAAAUGAGCACUCGCCUGUUGGAUCUCGGUGUCAAGAUCAUCAUGACCCACUGGUCCGAAUUCCCCAAGUGCCUGGAGUUCAUCGAGAACAGCCCUGCUGAGGUCACUCAGUCCAGCCUGUGA